AACGUGGCGCAAGUGCAGGAUAAUGGGCUAAUAGAAAUUGGAAAAGUGAGCUUAAUUGAAACGCAGAGAAUAAAUCGAUUGAAUUGAUCGGGUAAGGAAGAAGGUCCGAAUUCAGCGAAAACAAUGGCGAGUGGAGCAGAAGGAGGAGGAGGGGGCAAGGUGUCCUUCAAGAUAACACUGACUUCCGAUCCAAAGCUUCCUUUCAAAGUGUUUAGCGUGCCGGAAGCAGCCCCUUUCACCGCCGUCCUCAAAUUCGCCGCCGAGGAGUUUAAGGUCCCUCCUCAGACCAGCGCUAUCAUCACCAAUGAUGGUGUUGGUAUCAAUCCUCAGCAAAGUGCAGGUAAUGUCUUCCUCAAGCAUGGAUCUGAAUUGCGGCUGAUUCCUCGUGAUAGAGUUGGUACUUUGCAGACCUCCUUUUAGACGAUCUUGUCAUAAUAAUGUACAGCUCAGUUAUGCUGUCAGUGUAUCUAUUGGUUCCCAUCUUUGAUGUAAGAAAUUCAUCACUUGACUAGAAUAAUGUCUUAGUUGCAAAUGGGAAAAAUGGAAGGUUUUGGAGUUUGGAUGAAGUUUGAUUUGUAUUUGUGGUUAUUCGUUACUGCUUUAUGAAUUGCUCCAUCGAAUUUGAGGUCUUUUGGUGAGAUACUUAUAAAGAAUAAAAUGACUGGCGGAAGGCCUAUUCAGAGA